CUGGAGCAGUGGAAGCACGAGCAGGUCUACAAAGUCUUGACCACACGGGGGGCGGCCACAUCCUCCCAGACGUCCAUCCGGAUUUUGUAACUCGCAUUAAAGGUCUGACAAACUGCGACGCCACCGUGUUGGCUCCGCUCAGUGGCCUCUGCUGGGAAUUCAGCUCUGGAAGAAAAAGAAAAAAAAGACUCUCCCCCUCCCCUCCGUCCACAAUUGUGUUGUUAUUGAUCGCCAUAUAGAAAGAGGAGGGUCGAUAAGUGGCUCCGAUUUAUUAUCCUCCCAGACUGUGCGCCAAAUGUCAGCGGAGGUACAGACUCCGGAGCCGCGCGCUGCGCAUUUCCUUUAGAUGCCCGCGCGUCCGCACGUGCGACCGAGACCAAGAGGAAGGUUGAGCUGAGUGUUUUUUAGGGAGGCGUAAAAAAAACGGCAGCAUGGACCUGGCCAAAAUCGCCGUGUCCUUCCACCUCCUCCUGUUCCCCGUGUGGGCCCUGGCCCAGCACCCUCAGGUGGACAGCCUCCUCUGGGCUCAUUCAGCCCUCAGGUUGCCCAUCGAGCCCCUGAGGUUCGACCCCUGCUGUCUGAUGUCGCCCCCCCCGCCGCCGCUCUUCCCCCCUCCGCCUCAGCUGUGGAAGCGGGGCAGCCCUGAGGGCGACGGCGUGUUGGCACCGAGCGUCGGGGCGGGAGAGGUGAUGGAGAAACAAAAGCCUGAGACCCCCGGGUGCCCACCCGGACCCCCAGGACCUCCAGGGCUACCGGGACCACGCGGCCCAGAGGGUCAUAGUGGAUUGCCUGGCAUAAGAGGGCCGAAAGGGGAGAAGGGAGAAAUUGGACGUCCGGGGUCAAAGGGUCGCAACGGGGCUCCGGGCCUUCCGGGGAAACAAGGACUUCCAGGAAUCCCCGGGCCAGAGGGACCUAAGGGUGAGAAGGGGGACCCAGGACUUAUGGGUUUACCAGGACUGCGGGGUCCACAAGGAUUAAGGGGUUUACCUGGUUACAAAGGAGAGAAGGGGGUCCGUGGUGAUCCUGGUUCAGCUGGACUUAAAGGAGACAAGGGCUCCAUUGGUUUGCCGGGGAUGCUUGGCCAGAAGGGUGAGCUGGGAGCAAGAGGAGAACCAGGAGUUACAGGUAGAAGAGGACCCACCGGGCGACCAGGAAAGAGAGGCAAACAGGGCAUGAAAGGACAUAAUGGAGCCGCUGGACUCAUGGGUCCUCCUGGACCCCAAGGUCCUAAUGGCCUCCCUGGCCCACCCGGUCCUCCUGCUUCAGGUCUGUAUUUGGUGGGAGAAAAGGGAGACAAGGGUCUUCCCGGCCCACCGGGUCACUGUGAUUGCGAUGCCGUCGUCGGGGCAAAUAAUGCCCCAUUUGGAAGCUACACACAACGGCACAGCAAAAACAAAGUCACUGCAAUAUUUGUGGUGAACAGUCAGGAAGAGAUGGAGCGUCUACAUGUGGACAAUGCAAUAGCAUUCAGGAAGGAUCAGAGGAUGCUGUACUUUAAUGAUAAAGACGGAUGGAACCCCAUACAGGUAACAUCAUCCAAGCCCUUCCAGACGUUUCAGUCUACAGAGACGGUACCGGACAGAGUGGGCGUCUGUGGAGAUGGAAAGGUGCAGGCCCAGCACGGGGAGGAGUGCGAUGACGGAAACCAGAUAGUGACCGAUGCGUGUCUCAACUGCAAGUGGGCCUACUGUGGAGAUGGCUACCGACACGAGGGCAUGGAAGAGUGCGAUGGAAAGGACUUUGGUUAUCAGACCUGCAAAUCUUAUCUUCCUGGAUCCUUUGGGCAGCUCAGAUGCACCUCCUCCUGCUUCAUUGAUUCCACCGACUGCAAGUACUUCACCUGAAUUCCGAAGCUUAAUGAUGACGAAGGCGGAUCUUUACAUUUCCUGUUUCUGAACACAUAGUUCAGAUUUCCCCUGAAGUCUUUGUGAAGACUGAUGGACUUUAAGAAUGAACUGAUGGGAAGCUCCUGUGCCUUCUCUGACUCAUAAAGGUCAAAGAAGUAAAUUUGAAAUGCAUCGUACCCCUUGAGGUUUGGUUUGAGAACUCGUCUAAGAGAAUAGCUCUUUUUCACACCAUUGGCUACUACACUGUUAUGAACUCUCAAGAUUGGGAAAAGAUUUUAAAGACUUAAUGAUUGUACCAUAUGAAAUAGUUACAAUGUAUAUGACUUGCUGACUGUUCAAUGCAGAAAUAAGCUAUGUCCUCCUUAAUAUGGGAGUAAAAAAACCUUGGGUAAAGAGGCACUUAUUGACACUAUAUGUACUGUAUGCAAUCAGGGGUGUGUGAAUGUGUUUAUUCCUGUGCAAUAUUUAAGGAAAACAUUUAAUGACGAAGUGCAAUGUUGUGGUAUUGCAUGUGGAUGUGUUCUCGUGCACAUUACAUUGCUUUAAACAGUAAUGGAACAGUGCAGGCCAAAAGUCGGCCCAUGUGCAAUUAAUCUGACAGAGGGAGAAUGAAUGUCUUAUAGCUGAAAGCAAGAGGAAAUCCUCUCAUAUCUGAAGCAGCAUGGAGUUAAAUCAAAAUGACUUAAUUAAUAGAGAAACAUGUAAUGAGUUGGUUAUUUUCCUGCAUGUCUGUAUAUUAAAUGAAAUACAGUACAUCGAUGAGGA